AUGGGGGAGAAACGAGAAUCAUAUUUGGAUUCUCAGUUACGUGAAGAUAAAGUGGAUCAUCGAGUUCGUCAUUCGCAAAUUCGGUCCUUGAUUUGCAGUGUUCUGAUUCGGAGGGAGGAUGAUCAUGUUGAUGAUAUAUUGGUUGCAGGGACAAAUUCAAGACAUAUUGACAGUUUAAAGCAGUUCUUGGAUAAGUCCUUCAAGAUAAAAGAUCUUGGAAAUCUGAAUUAUUUCCUAGGGAUUGAAACAUUCAGAACCCCUGAUGGUCUCAACAUAUGCCAAAGGAAAUAUACCCUAGAAAUCCUAAAAGAGUAUGGUUUCUUGGAUGCUAAACCUGCACAGACACCUAUUACUGCAGGACAGAAGCUUGGUUCCCUUGAAGGAACAAUUCUGGACAAACCAGAGGUCUAUAGAAGAUUAGUUGGUAAAUUGCUAUACAUAACUAACACCAGGCCAGAAAUCACCUAUGCAGUGCAGCAAUUAAGUCAGUAUGUUGACAAGCCUAGAGACACACACCUUGUAGCUGCUCAUAGGGUGUUGAGAUAUCUGAAAGGAUCUCCUGGAAAGGGGAUAUUCUACCCAACAAGCUCUCAGAUCAGACUCCAAGGAUUCUCUGAUUCUGAUUGGGCUACUUGUGCAGAAUCCAGAAAAUUUGUGACUGACUAUUGCAUAUACCUUGGAGAGUCCUUAAUCUCAUGGAAGACAAAGAAACAAGCCACUGUCUCUAGAUCAUCUUCUGAAGCUGAGUAUAGGGCCCUAACAUCUACAGUUUGUGAAAUUCAAUGGUUCCUAUAUUUGCUAGCAGACUUGGAGAUGAAGCCUAAGACUCCUACUGCCUUAUUCUGUGAUAACAAACCUGCAAUUGCAAUAGGAGAGAAUCAUGUCUUCCAUGAAAGGACUAAACAUAUUGAGAUAGACUGCCAUGUUGUUAAGCAGAAAGUAUCUGAAGGAGUCAUUAAGCUAAUGUCAAUACCUUCACACAAACAGCUUGUUGAUGGUUUCACUAAGGCACUUCCAAGGUUGUUGUUUGAUGGUUUCCAUUCUAAGCUGGGCCUUCAAGACAUUCAUGCUCCAGCUUACGAGAGGGUGAUGAAGCAAGCAGACUUGGAUGAAUGUGGAAGCAGCAGGCUUAGAUGA